CGUCUGUCUACAACAUUUUUCUUUUAAAAUUCCACAAUUUAUUUCAAAACCAAUAAAAACCAUAGAACAACAGUCUUUAAAAUUUUACGUUUUUUUACAAAACCACUAAAAGCCAUAGAACGUCAUAAUAAUUAUAGAAUUCAAUAAAUCUCUUCUUUAUUGUUAUUUACAAAAAUAAGCAGUUCAGUAGACAGAAGCAGACGCACUAGUUGAUAGCGUCUGACGAUACAUCGGAAUUCCACUGAAUAUUUGGCUGGUUUGUUAUCGCUUCUAAACAAUAUUUGGAAUAACCACAUUUCCGUUUCCUUGCCUGCAUCAAGAUAAACUGCUUAUCAACGUUUUUGCUUGGCUUUAUUUAGUUUGUAAAAACUUUGUUGUUAAAUUAGAUAGAAUGGGAGUUACCGGUCUUUGGAAACUUAUAGAUUCAUGUGGUAAGCCCAUUCCUGUCGAAAGCUUAGAAGGAAAAGUGUUGGCUGUUGAUAUUUCCAUUUGGCUGCAUCAAGUUAUAAAAGGAUUUCAAGACAAUAAAGGGGCUGCUCUGAACAAUGCCCAUUUAUUGGGUUUGUUUCAUCGUUUAUGUAAAUUACUGUACUAUCGUGUGAAACCGGUUUUUGUAUUCGAUGGCUGUGUGCCGCAGUUGAAGAAAGAGACAAUUGCUCGUCGUCAACAACAACGCAGCAAAUUAAAUACGGAAGCUGAACGGAUACAAGCUCUGUUACUGCAAUCAUUAGCCAAGGAGCAAAUGGUCCAACAAGCUCUAGGGCCAAAGACAGCAGAACUUCUUUUAACUUCUCCACUUAAGAGAAUAGCGCAAAGCAAAACUGCGCAAAAAAACGAGUCCGCCGAUGACAUGUUCAAAUUACCCGAUUUGCCAUGCAAUUCGGAGGAUUCUCAAGAUAGCUUUAACAAUUCUUUAGACAAAUCUGCUACGGAUACGUCUGCUGACGAUAGUUCGUUCGAAGAAGAUUGUGCUCGCCGUAACUACAACACGAAUUUGCAAACUUUAGAUGUCCGUAGUCAGCAUUUCCGUAGUUUGCCGGCUGAUGUACGGCAUGAAAUAUUGGUUGACAUUAAGGAAACUCGGAAGCAGUCAUCCUGGGGACGUUUGCAUGAAUUACCUUCGCGUAGUAACGAUUUUAGUACAUUUCAAAUGAAGCGUUUAUUAAAACGUAGAGAUGUCCAAGUAAGUCUAGAAGAAGCUGAAAAACAAAUGGGGGGUCGGACGCUUACCUAUUCGGAAUUAAGCAAUAUUUUCACAGAAGAAGGUAUUUUAGAACCAUCGAUCGUAAAUAAAGGUUCAAAGCAAGUGUGUUCGGAUGAGCACACCCGUUUUCUGCUCGUCAGAGAUUUGAAAAAAAAACUUUCUCAAGGUGAAAACGUUAAGGAGGAAAAAACAAUAGCAGAGACAAAAGCGCUACAAUCAGACGAACUUUUGCCAAGUACUUCGAAAACGGCAAAACCAAAAAGUGAAGCAGGUGAUGAUGAUUAUGAAACCGACUUACAAAUGGCAAUUGCUUUAUCCCUGGUCGACACCACUACCGUCUACGACAAGAAAGAUUAUGAGUACGAUUCUAGUGAGGCCUUGAAAUUAAAUAAGUCUCAACGUCAACAAUUAAAACACGCUGCCAAAGGGCCAGCACGUUCUUAUAUGAUUGAAUACGGUGGUAUGAAUGAUGAUGAAGUUGUCGGUAUUAUGGACAAAACCCAAGAUCAAAAAGAUUUUGAAGAUAUUUUAUUUAUGGAAGACCAUCCUUUCAAUGGAAAAGGUGAGCAGAUUGAAAAUCAUCACAAAAAUGCAAAUAAUGAAAGCCAAGAGUUAAAACUUUAUGUUAGCGAUAAUGAGUUUGACACAGAUUCUGACCUGGAAGAGGUCCAGGAGGUAACAAAUAGUAACGUAAAAGUAUCAGGAUUAAAUAUAGUCGUUAAUAUUAAUGAAUCGCUAGAAGCAGAUAAUGAUUUUUUUAAAGAUGUAUUUGAAAAUACAAAUCUGGAAAAGGAGGAACACAAAGCUAUCGAGAAAAAUCUCAUUCAAACUACAGAGAAAAAAUGCAUUUCUCUUAACGGAGAAUUGGAGGAGGUAAUAGAAGAAACGCCGCCUUUCGUAGACGUUGAAACAAAAAAAUGUGACGUUGAUUUUCAAAUUCAUGAACAUUGCAAUAAACAUCUAAUCGAAAAAGGGUUUGAGGCCAAAAAUACUACGCUUUCAAAAUGUAUAAAAGCUGCUGAGUUGAAUGGCGUUAAGUUAAGUGAUAACGAUGGCAUCAUAGAAAUUAAAGAUGAGGGUCAGUUGCCCAUCCCCGAAAGCUUGAAAACCGAAAUAAUUGAAAUUUACGAUAGCGAUGAUAAUAAAAAGUCCGUGGCACUUAGAACGCCAACACUGAAGACGCCCACCAAGAAUUGUUCAAUAACUGACUAUUUUCAAGUCAAUUAUGCCAUCAAAAGAACGCCCGAGAAAGAGCAAAUUGAAGAAAGUGCUACGCCACACAAAGUGAAGUCACCGUUUUUUGUACGCAAAACGCCAAAAACAGACGGCAAAAAUAAGUCUUCACCACUCGGCCCUAAUUCCAGAAACGUCAGUAAAAAUUUAUUCGCUGCAGAUGAAAAUGGAAAAGAUGGGCAAUCCUUAAGCGAAAAAGAAAUUAUAACUGAAGCCGCCAAAGUUUUGCAAAGUGAAAAGACUUCCGAGGAAUUGCAAAUAUUGGCUGCAAAUUUCGCUCAAGAACGUAAAGAUUUGGAAAAUGAACGUAAUCGUCAGGAGAGAAUGGGCAUGAGUAUCACACAACGUAUGAAUUCCGAAUGUCAGCAAUUGUUACGUCUUUUCGGAAUACCUUUCAUUGUGGCUCCAAUGGAAGCAGAAGCGCAAUGCGCUUUCCUUGAUAUUGUGGAUCUCACGCAGGGCACUAUUACCGAUGACAGUGAUAUUUGGCUGUUCGGUGGUCGCACUGUGUAUAAGAAUUUUUUUGCUCAGAACAAGCAUGUUAUGGAGUUUCGUGCAGACCAAAUUAAACAAAAUUUCAAUUGUGAUCGCUAUAAAUUAAUACAACUUGCUUGUUUAGUAGGCAGCGAUUACACGACAGGUAUACAUGGAAUAGGAGCCGUUACCGCUUUAGAAAUAUUAGCUCAAUUUUCUUCGGCUAAAGAGAUUUGCAACGAGUUGAAGUCAAACAAUUCGAAUAAUAUGCAACUUCUUUUAUCAACAUUACAAAAAUUCCGCGAUUGGUGGCAAUCUUUCAAACAUCAUGCAGCACCACCUGGAAGUUCUGCCCGUUUCGCUUUGCAAAAGAAGCUGAAGAAUAUUGAAUUGCAAGAAGGUUUCCCAAAUAUUAAGGUUCUUGAGGCCUACAUAACGCCGACUAUUGAUGAAAGUCAAGAAACAUUUACUUGGGGUGACCCGGAUAUCGAAUCUAUACGCGAAUUCGCUCGCCAAACUUUUGGAUGGACGGCUGAAAAAAUUAAUAAUAUAUUACAUCCGGUUCUAAAAAAAUUGAAGGAGAAGAAGACCCAAACUUCUAUACGUAAUUAUCUUACGAUUAAAAAUGCGUUAAGUGUAAAACAAGUUAAAGUUAGCAAACGUGUACAAAGAGCAAUAGAAAAAAUGAGCGGGGCUGCUAUAGAUUCUGACGAUAACUCAGAUAAGCGCAGCAAAACAAAAAGAUCUAAAAAUAGUAAAGCCUCCAAAGCGAAAAAAUCUGCAACAAACGAUAAUAAUAACGAUUUUUCCGAAGACAAAGUUGUAAAGCAGACCGAGGACACAGCACGUGGUCUUAUAAAAAGAGCUCAAAAGCGCAAAGAGGUGAUUCCGCAACGUGAAAAAGAUUUACAACAAAUGGAAGCUAACAAAAAAUUAGCUAUUGAAAUCAUAAAAAACUCGAAAGACGUCCCAACAAAGAAACGUAAAUCGUAAUUCAUCACAGUAAAAAGACCGUUGUUCAUUCACUUUGCAUGCUUUACUUUAAGAAACCAAAA